AAUGGCAUUUGGCAAACCAAUAGAUAUCAAAAGAAUUAAAAAUGCAGUCCUCGAAGAUAAGCUAUGGAAAACUUACAUUGACUCUGAGGAAAAGACAAACCAGAACUGGAACAACCGGUGGAAAUGGAUUUUAGAAGAAUACGACAACUUGCAUCAAAAACUCGACGAGAUUUCAAAAGAUUCGGCUUUUUUGAGCGGAGUUAAUAAAAAUUUGAGGGAGAAAGACCAGAGGACUAUUCGGCCGAUUCCUGAAACUACAAAUCAUGAAUACGGGUGGCUCCCCAACAAGUCUGAAUUUCAGUUGGAGAAAUACGGGCCUGAUGUGGACCAUGCGGCCCCCUUGCCGCCAAAUUGUGGAAUAUUUAAAGGAUAAAUAAA